CUGGAUUCCUAAAUCCCGAUAGAAACACAACUGGGCUGUUCCAUCAUGGAAGAAGAAAUCCAUGGCUCCAGAAAACGCAGGAGGCAGGAGGACGGCAACGUCGGAGGCCUUGGUCUCACCGCCGGAAUCGGGAUGCAGAUGAUGAAAAAUAUGGGCUACAAAGGAGGCGGUCUCGGCAAGAACGAACAGGGAAUGAUCAACCCCAUCCAACCCAAAUCCAGGCCUAAGAAUUUAGGCAUGGGCUUCCACGGUUACAAUGAGACCAAAACCAACCUACCCAAUUCGCAACAACAAGAAGAAGAACCAAUUCAGGACGAAAGCCCCACAAAGCAUGAUGGUGAUUCUCCUCCCAUGCCAACUUGGAAGAAGAACGUUAUCAACAAGCAGCAGAAGGAUUUCUGUUUGGCAGAGUUCUUAGCCCAGAAGAUGGAACAGGAACAGAGAGUUGAAGCUGUUGAAACUUCGGAGAAUCUGAAUGACGAGGGGCUAAGUGCUGUUUUGAAACGACUGGAUGAAGCGAAUGUGUUGGGAGAGUUGACACUGGAAUCGCUGGCUGAGGGGUUUGCCGACAUGCGGAGGAGAUGCACUGACGAUUGUAAGUUGCUUAACUUGUCUCGAAUUGUGCUUACAUUUACAAAGCCUCUGUUUAACGAGAUGUUUCAGGGUUGGGAUCCUCUGCGGAAUCCACGGUUUGGUUUCGACAUUGUAUCCACCUGGAAGGGUUUGCUUCCUGAAGAAUGUUGUUAUACUCAGUUGGUCAAAGAGGUUGUCUUGUCUGAGGUGAGGAUUGCUGGGCUCAAUAGUUGGCAGGCGGAGGACCCUGAACCGAUGCUAGAGUUUUUGGAGGCUUGGAAAGAGCUGCUGCCCACUUGUGUUGUUCAUGACAUAUUGGAUAUGGUGGUCUUGCCUGAGUUGAAGUUUGCUGUACAGUUGUGGGAACCAAACUUGGGGACUGUUCCCAUCCAUUUGUGGGUGCAUCCAUGGCUGCCAUUAUUGUUUGAGUUGGGAGACAAGUAUCAAUUAGAGAUGUCAGAGUUGUUUGGAAUAAUGAGGUUGAAGUUGUGUAAUUUUCUUACCCCAUGGCAUCCGAGAGAUGGCUCUGGUUAUAACAUAGUGUCACCAUGGAAAUAUGUGUUUGAUUCUUGCACUUGGGAACUGAUUAUGAGUAGAUAUGUAGUCCCCAAGUUGGAGAUUGUACUACUAGAUGAAUUUGAAGUGAACCCUGUGAAUCAGAAGCUUGAUCAGUUUAAUUGGGUCUUGAGGUGGGCUUCUGCUAUUCCUAUGCAUCUGAUGGUCAAUGUGAUGGUGAAGGGUUUCUUUCCGAAGUGGAUAGAGGGUUUGCAUUUCUGGUUGGAAACCAAUCCGAAUUUUGAGAAUGUUGCAAAUUGGUAUAGGGGUUGGAAGGAACUUAUCCCAAAAGAGUUUCAUGCGAAUGAAAGUAUUCGUUGUCAGCUUGAGUGUGGUCUUAGUAUGAUGAACCGGGCUGUUGAGGAGAUGGAGGUUGCUCGACCUGGUUUGGAAGAGAAUUCUAGGGUAGUCGGAAAAGCAGUACGGGCAGCCCGAGAAAACUUGGAGGGCCAAACUAACAUGGAUGACAUUGAUCAUGAGAUGAUUUUUAAAGCAAAAAAUGUUCAAGUUCUAUUUGAGGCAAAGAAGAGAGCAGCAGCUUUUUUAGCCAAUGCGAGAUUGGGCAGCACAAGUGACAUGGAUGACAUUAGUCAUCAAAUGAACCUGAGAGAUGUAAUUGAAGCAGAGGCGCAGGAACAUGGCUUGCUAUUUAGGCCUAAACCUGGGCGAAGGUAUGAUGGUCACCAGGUAUAUGGGUUUGGUAACGUAAACAUAAUGGUGGACUUUCUAAAAGAGAAGAUAUAUGCUCAAACUGAAGAGACUUGGUCUCUUGUGUCCCUUGAGAGGUUACUUGAGCUACACAUGAACAAGGAGACGAUGAGUUUUCAGAGGCCUCUACACACUUGAUGGAAUAAGAGGAACUCAGUUUUGUCCACACCAGCAUAUUUUAUGUAUAACAUGCUUACUAAGUUACUUUGAUAAUGCUUUCAUUAUUGACAAAAAUAAUAAUAAUAAUGCUUUCAUAAUUUCAACUGAUUUUGGAUU